AUGGGACAAACAUUAUCUGAACCAGUAAGAGAAAAACACUCAGCUGUUGGUCAUGAUGAACGUCUUUUAUAUGCUUCCUCAGCUAUGCAAGGUUGGCGUAUUAGUAUGGAAGAUGCGCACACUACUUUAUUACAAGUUUUAGAUAAAAAAGGAUUUAGCUUUUUUGGUGUUUAUGACGGGCAUGGCGGCCAAAAUGUUGCUAAAUAUAGUGGUGACCAUCUUCACGGUUGUAUCGUUGAAGACCCCGACUUUGGUAAAAAUCUUGAAUUAGCUAUAAAAAAUGGUUUUCUAAGGAUUGAUGAUAAAUUAAGACAAGAUCCUCAAUUUCAAAAUGAUCCUUCCGGAUGUACCGCAGUUACAGCUGUUAUAACUCCAACUGUUCCUAUGUCAAAUGAUCAUAAACCUGUUAAUAAAGCUGGUGGUUUCGUUGAAUUUGGGAGAGUUAAUGGUAACUUGGCAUUAUCUCGUGCGAUAGGUGAUUUUGAAUUUAAACAGAAUAACAAUUUCAGUGCACAAGAUCAAAUCGUGACAGCAUUUCCUGAUGUUAAAAAAGAAUGGAUCGACGAAAAAACUGAAUUUUUAGUAUUGGCUUGUGACGUAAUUAGUUUCAUUCGUGACAACAUUUCGAAGACUUUAUCCAUCCGAAGUGCUUGCGAAGAAUUAAUGGAACGUUGCUUAGCUAAAGAUAGUGAAGUUGGAGGCAUAGGAUGUGAUAAUAUGACAGUAGUUAUUGUCGCAUUUCUUAAUGGAAAAACUGUAGAUCAAUGGUAUUCUUGGAUGCAAUCAAGAUAUGAAAAUGUUGGUCCUAAAUAUCCUUUGGAUGAUAUUAAACCACAAAAAAAUGAUGAAUAUCUCGAUGUGAAGGAUGAUGAUAUAGAAGAUUUUGGAAUUAAUACUGAUCCUUCAAAUGAUGAUUAUACUGAUGCAGAUCUUGAGAAUCAAAAUUCUUUAACCAUUGAUGAUCUUCCAUCACGACUUCAUAGAGAGAAUAGUAUAGACAGUAUGGAUAGUAUGGAUACUGCCAGUUCUGAUGAAUUUCCAACUCAUACAGAAAAAGAAAUUCCAUAUUUUAAUAAUUCAAUAGAUAACAAGAAAGAAAAGAAAAAUGGGAAUGCCUCCACUUCUGAAGAUGUCAAAAAAACACCAUUGAGUCGUGCAGCUUGUAGCGGAAAUCGGUGGUUCAGGUGGUGGGAAAACUUAACUACACGAAAAAAUGAAAAAAAAGGCCCUUGCGAAGACGGUAGAACCGAGAAAAAAAAAUGA